UCACGUGGUUGUAUUCAAAACAAUCAUGGCUGCUGUUGCAUUUUGUGGCGAGUGGUUCGUUUCUACAUGCGACAAGAAACUCAUAGCUGUCCACAGUAGAGAGGAUAGAGAGCCAUUUGUGUUCGACUGCAGCACAGCUGAGAAGAAGCCACAAGAAGUGAAAACUGAUAACGGUGAUGGCGGAGCAGCAGAGGAAACGGGAUCUGACAAAAUCCUUGCCUUCGCUGUGUCUCCAUCUGGAAAGCAGGUGGCACUGACUGAUGACUCUAAGAGACUGGUUCUCUUUCACUGUGAACCUUCAUGGAAGUGUGUCAGCAUGAGGGGAGUGGUGAGGAGGUGCACCUCCAUGGCAUUCAGCCAGGUGGAGGAUGAGCUGCUGAUGGCUGACAAAUCAGGAGAUGUCUACUCCUUCUCGUUGGUGGAGCCUCAGAAGGAGGGUGAGCUGAAGCUGGGCCACCUGUCCAUGCUGCUGGCUGUGGCCUUGACACCAGAUGAUAAGUAUGUCAUCACAGCCGACCGUGAUGAGAAGAUUCGAGUCAGCUUCCUCAGGUCUCCAUAUAACAUUCAGACCUUCUGCCUGGGACAUCAGCAGUUUGUCAGUGCUCUGCUGGUUCCACCAGGACAUCCACAGUGGUUAUUUUCUGGAUCGGGGGAUGGGACCAUGAAACUUUGGGAGUACGAGUCCGGCCGAAAGCUGCAGAGUUGGGACCUUAAAGAGCUGCAAGAGGCGCAGAGUUCAGAGGCGGGUGAAGAGAGGAAGCCAGCUGUGUGUCGGAUCACCAGCUCCCCUGAUGGUCACCACAUAGCCGUGCAGUGUGAGAGACUGUGUUCGUUGCAGUUUUUCAGUCUGCACCAAGGGGGCGGAGAAGGGUUCAAGCCCUGCAGCAGGCUGACGUUACCUCACUGUCCCCUGGAUGUGACCUUUGACCUACAAGGUCGGCUCUGGGUGCUGCUGGACUGCAAAGAUGAUCCUCUCCAAAUGUACUCGCACAGACGAGGCAGCUGGGAGUUGGAUGCUGAGAGUCCUGACAUAACCAGAGUGACUGAAGCCUUCAGACCACACUGGCAGAUGCUUCACGGCUCUGUUCAGGCCGUCAGCCACUUUGAGCAUCUGUACAAAGCAAACUUUGACAAUGUGGCGUCGUACAUGCAGAAGAAGCAGCAGAGAUGACAGCAGGCAGAAGAGGAAAAAACAAAGCACAGCUCUCUGCAGGAAACAAACGGAGCUCAGAGCUGCAAAAAGACAAAGAUGGAAACAUCGGGAGCUGGAACUCAUCAUGCUUACGAUCUGCAGAAGAUAAAAAGCAGAUUUUGGAGGAUUUCCAGUGUUGUUGCUCUGACUGUUGGUCAGCCUGUGGGGUUAAAAUUCCAAAAGGAGAAUGCAGCUGCUUUGGUGCACUUCAAGCGUGGUGUUGUUGGACUGACCUGCAUGAAGUACUCCUCUAGCAGACAGUCCACCCAGGGUUCAGCCACCUCCAUGGGUCGAACCUCAUUAGAGAUGUCACAGCACUUUAUGAGCACCAUCUUCAACUACACACAAGGUUGGCCAGGCAAGAGGAUCACGUGGUGUAUUCAAAACAAUCAUGGCUGCUGUUGCCUUUGUGGCGAGUGGUUCGUUUCUACAUGCGACAAGAAACUCAUAGCUGUCCACAGUAGAGAGGAUAGGUUAGCCAUUGUGUUCGACUGCAGCACAGCUGAGAAGAAGCCACAAGAAGUGAAAACUGAUAACGGUGAUGGCGGAAGCAGAGAGGAAACGGGAUCUGACAAAAUCCUUGCCUUCGCUGUGUCUCCAUCUGGAAAGCAGGUGGCACUGACUGAUGACUAGAGACUGGUUCUCUUUCACUGUGAACCUUCAUGGAAGUGUGUCAGCAUGAGGGGAGUGGUGAGGAGGUGCACCUCCAUGGCAUUCAGCAGGUGGAGGAUAGUGCUGAUGGCUGACAAAUCAGGAGAUGUCUACUCCUUCUCGUUGGUGGAGCCUCAGAAGGAGGGUGAGCUGACGGGCCACCUGUCCAUGCUGCUGGCUGUGGCCUUGACACCAGAUGAUAAGUAUGUCAUCACAGCCGGUGAUGAGAAGAUUCGAGUCAGCUUCCUCAGGUCUCCAUAUAACAUUCAGACCUUCUGCCUGGGACAUCAGCAGUUUGUCAGUGCUCUGCUGGUUCCACCAGGACAUCCACAGUGGUUAUUUUCUGGAUCGGGGUAUGAUGGGACCAUGAAACUUUGGGAGUACGAGUCCGGCCGAAAGCUGCAGAGUUGGGACCUUAAAGAGCUGCAAGAGGCGCAGAGUUCAGAGGCGGGUGAAGAGAGGAAGCCAGCUGUGUGUCGGAUCACCAGCUCCCCUGAUGGUCACCACAUAGCCGUGCAGUGUGAGAGACUGUGUUCGUUGCAGUUUUUCAGUCUGCACCAAGGGGGCGGAGAAGGGUUCAAGCCCUGCAGCAGGCUGACGUUACCUCACUGUCCCCUGGAUGUGACCUUUGACCUACAAGGUCGGCUCUGGUGCUGCUGGACUGCAGAUGAUCCUCUCCAAAUGUACUCGCACAGACGAGGCAGCUGGGAGUUGGAUGCUGAGAGUCCUGACAUAACCAGAGUGACUGAAGCCUUCAGACCACACUGGCAGAUGCUUCACGGCUCUGUUCAGGCCGUCAGCCACUUUGAGCAUCUGUACAAAGCAAACUUUGACAAUGUGGCGUCGUACAUGCAGAAGAAGCAGCAGAGAUUACAGCAGCAGCAGAAGAGGAAAAAAACAAAGCACAGCUCUCUGCAGGAAACAAACGGAGCUCAGAGCUGCAAAAAGACAAAGAUGGAAACAUCGGGAGCUGGAACUCAGUCUACUUGAAAGGACCACUUUGGUUUACAGAGGUUUAUUUUUUAUGUUGUUUUUGGCUCAAAUGUACAGUUGAUUUUAAUAAAUGAAGCAUUGCAGUG